AUGAAACAUGAAGAAGUUGUAACAGACGAUGCUGAGAUUUUUGGUGACUACUCUUUGUUUCCGAUACACUCUUUUUCCCGUUCUCCACCCGUAUCACGUUAUUCCAUCAUAGCCGUUGGUUGUGAAAUCUACGUAAUCGGUGGACUCACUACGCCGUCUUCCUCUGUUCGGGUCCUUGAUUGUCUGAGUCACACGUGGUACGACGCCCCUAGCAUGACAGUAGCUCGUACGAGACCAGAGUCGGUUCUUCUCGACCAGAAAAUAUAUGUCAUGGGAGGUUGCGGAAGGUGUGACAAUUGGUUUGAGGUUUUCGACAUAGAGACUCAGAGUUGGAGUGUCUUGCGAAGUCGUUUCGCUGAUCGUGAUGAGCUUCGGAGAGGUAGUAUGGUCUAUGCUCUCCAAGGGAAGCUUCACGUGGUGUCUGAGAGAAGUGAAUGCACUUACGAGCCGAAAAGUGGUACAUGGGAAGUGGAUUCAUAUCAUGGUAUGGUUGAUGUUACUGUGAUAGAGAAUGUAAUGUACUGUUGCUCUAACAAGGAGUAUUUAAUGUGGUGUGACGAUGAAGAUAGAAAGUGGAAAGACAUCAAGGGUUUGGAAAAUUUGGGUCAGUAUCUUAUAUCGCCUUGGGAUGAGCCUAGACUAUUUAACUAUGGUGGGAAGCUUGUAGUUGUGUGGAGGCAAACGUUAGGUCAAGACUUUGUAAACGGGGAAAGUAAAGUUUGGUGCGCUAAGAUUGCGUUAGAGAGACUUAGAGGUGAGAUUUGGGGUGAGAUCGAGUGGCUUAAUACUGUACUUAGGGUCCCCGAGUGUUAUUUCUGCUUAAAUUGUGCAGUUGUUUCUAUUUGA